CUGAAGUUCAAGUAGCUACGUACUAUUUCACAGAAAAUACACUCUUACGUCCCCUUUUGUUAAUUUCUACAAAUCUUUCCAAAGUCGAAGACGAUGAUGGCCUCUUCUAGUAAGAUUCUCAGACUAUUCGGUAAUGACUACAUCAUUGUCAAUCCUGGUGGUGGAAAAGAUAACUCCGCCACUGCCGAUCAUGCCGCGCCGCUCAACAUUGCCGUUGUUACCACCGUUGCAGAAACUACAACAACAAGCAACACUACUAACAUGGCUGUUGUUAACAUCCAUGAAACAACAACAACAACGUGCAGUACUAGUAGUAACAUGGCCGUUGUUAACAUCCCUGAAACAACAACAACAACAACAACCAGUACUGGUAAGAUGAUCAGACUAUUAGGCGUGAACAUCUAUCCUGGUGUUGGUUCAUCAGAAAACUCCACCGCCGCCGAUAAUACUGCGCUGUUCGACAUGGCCGUUGUUUGUGCGGAAAACUCCACCGCCGUUGCCGAUAAUACCGCGCCACUCGACAUGGCCGUUGUUGGUUCAGAAAACUCCACCGCCGCUGCCGAUAAUACCAUGCCGCUCGACGUGGCGGUUACAGUGGCUGAAACAACAACAUUAGGCAGUACUAGUAAUAUUAUUAGCCCUGCUAUAUUUGAAACGAUAACCAAUAAUAAUAAUGUCAAUGUUGUUAGGGCACCAAAGAGAAGUCGAACUUCUUCGAAUAAUGCGUCGUCGUCGUCGUCGCCGCCGCCGUUAAAGAUAAGGAAAAAACAAGUAAAUCCAAGGCCGAGUAGAGAAGAGAUACUCAAAAUUGCAGGUUUUGUUCCGCCGGAAUUACCGAGUCAACUCGUAGAAAAAGUGAAGAAUAUGGGUUGUGAUUCGCCACCUAAACUUGUGAUGCAGAAAUACCUACACGCUUCCGACGUAAACUCGCAUCAAGGACGGUUGAUGAUUCCUAAAAUGGAAUUGGAAAAACACAAUGCAUUAUUAGUUGAUGGUUUUAAUGAGGAAGAAAAGAAACAUUUGAUUGAAGGUGGUGGUAUUCGAGUUCGUAUUCUUCUGGAAACUUCUAAUGAAGAAGAAGAAGAAGAAGAAGAAGAGAUGUACGUGAGUCUAUCAAGUUGGUCCAAACCGAAAGAUGUUAUGAAUAAACUUGUGCUAACUACUGAAUGGAACAAUGUUAGGGAGAAAGCUGGUUUGGAAAAAACUAAUGUUAUUCAACUAUGGUCGUUUAGGUAUGGAGAACAACAACCAAAGCUUGGAUUUGUUUUGCUCAAGGUUAAAGGUUCUGUUCCGGUUGAGGAUAUUGUUCCGGUAGCGGACUUAGAACAGGAAAGGGUUGACUUGUCUCCGAGGCCUGAUGCUGACUGUGUCCUGCACAAUGGAACUGUUAACUAGCCUCGGGGGGUGAUAUGAGAAUUACCCCUCCGAUGCCUUAGUCCGAUUAUGCUGAUAGCUCUGUAAUAAAUGCUCGUAAGAAUGAUUGGAUGGGAUUUCAUAAAGGUUGAUGAAGACUGCUAACAUCAUGUUAGAUUCCAAUUAAUAGCCUAGUAGUACGUAUUAGUUAAAAUGUUAAAUUAAGUUAGAUUAGGGUUUCUUAAAAAGGGAGGGUGGUAGUGCAAGUUUUUAAUUUUACAAUUAGGGUGGG